GAAAGGUACGAUAUCCAUUGUGAUAGUCAGAGCGCAUUAGAUUUAAGUAAAAAUGCGAUGUACCACUCGCGCACGAAGCACAUUGAUGUCAGAUAUCAUUGGCUACGUCAAGUUGUGGAAGAACAACAGUUCAAGUUGGAAAAGAUUCACACUGAUGAAAAUCCUGCUGACAUGAUGACGAAAGUUGUAACAGGAGGAAAGCUUCAGCUUUGUGCCGAGUUGAUCGGCAUGGAAUGCAUGUGA